AUGCCUCCCUCCGCGGACGAAAUCCCCACGACAGCCCCCAAAGCCAAUGGCGCAACGCAACCUCCUCUCAGCACAAUGCCCUCGUCCGACUUCUCUUGGCAGAUCACAUUAGCAAACAAAGUCAUCGCGAUCACGGGAGCUAAUCGAGGGAUCGGUCUGGGGAUCGCAGAAGUGUGCUUGGCCAACUCGGCGAGUAUCAUCUACUCACUUGAUCUCAUGGACCCCGGGGAAGACUUCCAUGCGCUGCAGAAGCGACACCCCAACAUCCGAUAUAUUCAGACGGAUGUGACGUCUGAAGAGAGUGUCGAAAAGGCGAUCGAUCAGAUCGUCCAGGAGGCGGGGAGAAUCGACGGGCUGGUGGCAAAUGCUGGAAUGACGAAACAUCAGCCGGCCUUGAAUUUCGAUCGCGCCGAGCUGGAUAAGUUGUUUAAUUUAAAUGUGUUUGGAGCGUAUUUCUGUGCGCAGAUUGUCGCGCGCAAGUUCAUCGAGCUGGGCAUCAAGGGGUCGAUUGUGAUGACCUCGAGUAUGACUUCGUAUCGUCCUAACAGGGCUGCACCAUCUGCUCCUUACGGUGCCACCAAGGCAGCUGUGCGGAACAUGUGCCACACGCUAGCCAUGGAAUGGAGCCAGCAUGGCAUUCGCGUAAAUAGUGUUUCUCCCGGCUUCGUCCGAACAGCCAUGACCUACUAUGUCGAGCAUUCGCCAGACUGGGAUCUCAAGAUGCAGUACUACGGAGGCAUGCCGCGGCUGGCGGAUCCUCGCGAGCUGGGCGGUGCGUAUGUGUAUUUGCUGAGCGAUGGAAGCUCAUAUACAACGGGAAUCGAUAUUCCUGUGGCCGGAAUUGUGGGAGCCUGGUAG